AUGAAUGGCGAGAUCGCCACCGCGAACCAGCGGUUGACUUCCCCGGCCUUCCGAAAGAAUGACUCCGCGCGAUUAGGGGCUGCGAUCGCCUUUCAACAAUCCCGUCCGUCGCCUAAUGUGAAUCCCCAGUCGUCUGCUGCAGCUGCAGCCGCCGUGGCUAGUCGCAUGAACCGACAUGCUCAGCCUCAUCCAGAGAUGGAUUCUGAUCCCGGUCCUGAAGUUGGUUCUGUGAAGGACAAGAUUGGGAGAUUUGCCGGAAACUCGCUUGCCCCUCCAGUCAGUACUACGACGCGCCCACGAACACCCUCAAUAUCCAAGUCCCCUAUACCGAAGUCACCCGCUCGAACUCCAGGCCCAGAACAAGUGGCCGCUCGUCUAGCGGCGGAAAGAUCGCCUGGGCGGAGGCCCGAACCAACUCUCGAUGCCGCAAGACUGGGGGCCAUCCGCAGCGCGAGCAGGAUGCAGUCCCAAACACGGCCAACAGUCCAACACAAAAUGCGUUCGCCGAUCCCAGUCCGACCAAAACCUCCAGUACAAGUCCCAGUAAAUCGGAUGCUAUCGGAUGACGUCUCAAUUCUCGACCAAGACUCCGCCUAUACUCGAUCUCCGUCAUCAGUUCGAUCUCGUGCUAGCAGUAUUCGGAGCCGAGCAAGCAGCGCUCAACCGUCCGUCAGUUCUCGAAUAUCCUUAUCUCAUCUAGACGAUGUUAAGCCAAGGCUUGUUCUCCCUCCGCUACCUCCGCGGUCUACGGCGCCUUCUCAGGUCUCAUUACGACAGCCAGCUCCCGUACCAACCUCGCUCCGUGCAACUCCAAGUAUAGCAUCGAUGUCAGUUCGCUCGCACAACAGUAGCUCUAGUACAUUGAACGAUCCAAAUGGAAUGGACGAGGAAGCCCUCUCUAAUGCAAUCGUUGCAUCCUCACUUGCAUCUGCCCGAGCAUCCCCCAUGUCGAAAGCUCCGCCACCUCCCCCACGCCGGCGACGUGCUCGGUCGCUUCUACAACUAGCACAUUCACCCAAGAAGGAUGAAUCACGAACACCGAGUCCCCCAAAAGCAACAAAAGCAAUGCCGAUGACUCUACGCACUAUACCCAAAGAUGAUGAUUCAGACCCCAAUCGACGACAUAAAAGAAAUUUGCUUCACAAACAUCCGCACAAGCAUCAUGAAGGCGACCGAAAACGAUGGCGAAUGGAGGUUACUGAAUUGGAACGGAAACGCUAUGAAGGUGUCUGGGCUUCCAACAAGGGGUUGUUCAUUCCCCCACAAUUGAGCAAGUCUGUCGAGGCCAACAAAUGGCCUCCCCCGUCAGAAAUGGUGCUAAACCUGGUAGUGCGGGAGAUCUGGUCCCGCAGCCGCCUGCCAGCCACUGCGCUGGAACAAGUGUGGGACCUCGUGGAUCACCAACAGACCGGAUUGCUCACAAAAGAGGAAUUUGUGGUUGGAAUGUGGUUGAUUGAUCAACAGUUGAAGGGUCACAAGCUGCCGCCCAGUGUGCCAGACAGUAUUUGGGAUAGUGUACGGUAUGUGACAGGUAUCAAGCUUUCUUCCAUUGGAAAAGGGUGA